CUUACAUAUGUGCUUCCUUUUCCGGUCUGGCUCUGGUGAUAUCGGUUUGUUGUGAAAUAAUUCAGCGACAAUCCAUCAAAAUCCAUCAAAAUGCUCGUCUACAAAGAUUUAGCAACAGGUAAUGAAGUGCUGUCUGACAGCUACCCUAUAAAAAUAGACGAGCCAGUCAGAGGCAUGAUGACAGUAACUUGUCGUAUGAAAAAAGAAGAUGGCGUCGGAGAUUUUGAUAUUGGAGCAAAUGCGUCACAAGAAGAGGAACAAGAAACACUUGAGGAAGCUGAGGGAAAACAGGGAAUUGAUGUUGUACUUGAUUUCAAAUUGCAAGAGACACAAAUGUCAAAAAAAGAUUUCAAGAUUUACAUGAAAGAAAAAAUGAAAACGAUGCUUAAGCGUAUAACGGAAGAGUCACCUGAAGUAGUUGGCGAAUUCAAAGAAGAUUGUAAAAAGAUGGUAGACUGGGCUUUAGCAAAUUUUGGUGCCCUCCAGUUUUUCAUUGGGUCUGAUUUCAAUGACGAAUGCAUGCCAGCAAUGCUCAUCCAUGAUGAAGGUGGCAUUAACAUGUAUUAUUUCUGUCAUGCCUUGGAGAAAGAAAAAUUUUAAUGCAAAUAUCCUCCCAAACAUGAUUGCUGCUGUUAAGGAUUUGUGGACAACAAUUAACAUCAUUUGACCAAACAUCAUACUGAGAUCACCAUAGUUUAAAUGUCUUUAUCUUCAUGAACAUUGCUGACAAAAGAUAUAACAGACCAUUGUGCAUAUGUUGACAACACAUUCAUAAUUUAAAGUUGCGUUUUCCAAAGACAUUGUUUAUAUAUUUAAAGAGAAAACCGACCAUAUUGUGUGUAGAGAAAUCUUCCUUUAAACAAAUUGAUUAUUUAACAAAGCCAUGGCCGUGAUGGCCAAUAUGUGCACAUACCAUCAUAUUAUAUAGCUAUGAACUUACCAUCAAAAUUAUGCAGACACAGAUGUAGGAUUGUGCAUUUCAAAAAUCGCUUUUACUAUAAGGUUGGUGAGUUGCAAACUUGAUUAUGAAAAUAUACAUAUUAAUUCAUAGCUGCUCCAUUUGUGAUACAAAAAAACUUUUCCCUGAAAGGCUAAACGCUUACAUUUCAGUUGAUAAACAACUUAAAAACCUUCCAACAAAUUGCAUGCCAAAUAAAGAAAAGAAAAAAAACCACA